AUAAGCUUAAGCUCCACCGCCCGAAGCCAAAAGAAACUCAAAUGCUAAGAGCAACACUCCGAUUAACCGCCAUUUUCGGCACCACAAUGAUAUCUUCGUCGUCUUCUUUGUCCUCUUCUAAAGCCCUAAGAAGCCCUAUCUUCUUUUCUUCUUCUAGCUCCAGGAUUUUCAAUGGAGCUCUUCCGGCCAACCGCGUUUGCUUCUCGCCUCGCUUUGCUCACUCUUCACUCCGAUGCUACGCUUCGUCGUUGGGAUUUGAUCGGAUUCAAGUCCAGAAUCCUAUUGUCGAAAUGGACGGUGAUGAGAUGACGAGGAUCAUAUGGAGAAUGAUAAAAGAUAAGCUUAUUUUUCCUUAUCUGGAUUUGGAUAUAAAGUAUUACGAUUUGGGAAUACUGAACCGUGAUGCUACCGAUGAUAGAGUUACGGUGGAGAGUGCUGAAGCCACUCUCAAAUACAAUGUUGCUGUGAAAUGUGCUACAAUAACACCUGAUGAGACCAGAGUGAAGGAAUUUGGGCUAAAGGCAAUGUGGAGAAGUCCCAAUGGAACAAUUAGAAACAUUCUAAAUGGUACUGUUUUUCGUGAACCUAUCCUAUGCAAGAACAUUCCAAGGAUUGUUUCUGGUUGGAAGAAACCCAUUUGUAUUGGCAGACAUGCUUUUGGUGAUCAGUAUCGUGCCACUGAUGCAGUCAUUGGGGGACCAGGAAAGCUUAAGAUGGUAUUUGUCCCAGAAGAUGGGGGUGCACCGAUGGAGCUUGACGUUUACAAUUUCAAAGGCCCGGGAAUAGCACUUGCUAUGUAUAAUGUGGAUGAGUCUAUUCGUGCUUUUGCUGAGUCAUCCAUGUCGCUCGCAUUCACAAAGAAAUGGCCUUUAUACUUGAGCACCAAAAACACAAUCCUUAAAAAAUAUGAUGGCAGGUUUAAGGACAUAUUCCAGGAGGUUUAUGAAGAGAAGUGGAAGCAAAAGUUUGAAGAACAGUCUAUAUGGUAUGAACAUCGACUAAUUGACGACAUGGUGGCAUAUGCUCUCAAAAGUGAAGGUGGAUAUGUAUGGGCUUGCAAGAAUUAUGAUGGUGACGUCCAGAGCGAUCUACUUGCUCAAGGAUUUGGCUCUUUAGGCCUUAUGACUUCUGUAUUGUUAUCUUCUGAUGGCAAGACAUUAGAAGCUGAGGCGGCUCAUGGGACUGUUACUCGGCAUUUCCGUUUACAUCAGAAGGGACAAGAAACAAGUACGAAUAGCAUUGCUUCAAUAUUUGCAUGGACACGAGGACUAGAGCAUAGGGCCAAAUUAGAUCAAAAUGACAGAUUGCUAGACUUUGUUCACAAGUUGGAGGCGUCAUGCAUUGAGACGGUUGAAACGGGAAAGAUGACCAAGGAUCUCGCCAUUUUGAUCCAUGGAUCAAAGGUAACCAGGGAGUUUUACUUGAACACUCAAGAAUUUAUCGACGCGGUCGCACAGAAUCUUAUAGCAAAGCUUUUAGAGCCUGCAGUGGCUUAAACAUUUUAGUGGGAUGCUUAUUCUGGAACCUCAAAGGUUUAAAUGAAUUUGGUGACUUUGGCUUCAUAAGGAUUGUUGGGGUACACAAAUUUCUUUUCAUAUGAAAAUAUUCAGUUUUACCAAUUAA